AUGUGUUGUCUUGGUGUUAUUUGACUGUGGCUGAUGUGACUUUCGGACUGAGACUACGAGGAUGCGAUCAGCGACAGUGGAAUUUUCCAGUUCAUUGGCUGAGGUUGUCGACAACCGGGCUGGCCUAUGAACCCUCACUCGAUAUAUGAUAACUCGUUCUUCAAGUUCCUUCAGUCGCGGUAUCUGGAGACCUUCUUGGAGGCUCAACGGGCGCAAUGGACAAUCCUCGUUCCUGUUGAGGGAACGUUCCGGUUGUGCCACGUGAAUUCAACUUUCGUUGGUUUCCAUAUUUUGAAGCCGUCUCCGCUCUAUGCAGACCAUUUUGUCUGCCAUCGGCAUCUGCCGGCAACUCUCGUAGAAUUGGACAGUGAACGGAACGUUCUGCACACGACUUGCGGUUUCCCAUAUCCCAAGCAUGUUUGCAUCGUCGGUGAAGAGAUCGCCUACAACGAGAACUUGCAACCAUAUCGCAUCCUUCUGAUUUGCGAACCCAUCCACUUCCCGACCCCCAGGAGACGAUCACGCGCUCCCCACCACGCUCAUUCCCGCCAGAUCAGGAGAGGGUGGUCAUCGGAGCUGGACCCGAUGAACGAUUCCACGGAUACACCAGCACCGCCGUCAUUCGAGGAGGCCAAGGCAUACCUUCACAGCAUUUCGGUGUUCUCAGAAACGUUACGCGUAAUCGAGGAGAAAGUAGAGGCCUUCAACAAAACAUACGUGAUCGUACCAAAGUUCAUCAGUGAUGUUGUCGACCGAAUCAGGAGCAUAGCGGAAACUGCCACCCAGGUUUUGACCUCAGAUUCAACGAGUGAUCCUGACAAGCUAGCGAUCUGUGUGGAUAACUAUGUGUCUGGUCUUGCCCAUCACAAAGUCUUCAAUGCCGUCAAGAGCAUUUGCGGCAACGACGAUGCCGAUCUCGAACGGCGUUUGGAGUUCCUACGGCUCUCGAAUGUUGCCCCCGACAUGCUGGGGGUCCAGGAGGAAUGCUUUCAUUGUGAGCUGCCCAUUUCUAUUGUUGAAUUAGCUUCCCUCAACGCGAAGUACACGCCCGUGGAUAAACUCUGGUGUAUUCGACGCACGCUCUCCUCGAUACAGCGCGAAGUAGCGUCCCACUUCGUGAAAUGCGGAGCCGAUCUGGAAUUCGGAGAAGAUGUUCCCAGUCUCACGGCAGAAACUUUAAUACCGUUGGUGGUUGUUGUUUUAGCGCGGUCGCGACCCACCUCUUUCUCCUCGAACAUUUUCUACAUUGACCAUUUUUGCGGGGUUAAGGAUGAUUUCUCGAGCUUCACCCUCUCAACUUUCAAGGCUGCUGUUGAGUUCGUUGGAAAAUAUCGUGGGCCCGAGUUGGAUCAUCUCAGUCCACGGCUCCUCAGGAAAGAGCUCUCGCUGGUGGACCUCAUGGAAGUCACCGCUUCCAUCAAUGAGGGAUCUGCAGCCGAUUCAAAAUCGACCGCGGGCAGCGAAGACGGAUAUCACUCGAAGGCGGCAACCCGCAGCAAUCCGGUAGAUAGUAAACUGGAACAGAUCACGCGCCUUAUCGAAAAGCAGACACUGGAUUUCCACUCAAAAGAGGAGGAACAUCUCAGGAGGCUCCAGGAGAGGGAACCGCGAGCCUCUUCCAGCCUGAACUCUUCAGCCACGAGCGUCGACUCCAACGAGGAAGGCAGUCUCCUGUUCUCGCCGCUCUCAACGCUGCGGAGAUCCUUGAGAGGACAGAGCAAGCCAAACUAGAUGCCGCUCCGUCUACCCCGACCCGCUUCUCAUUCCACACGGGACUUCGUACUACACGAGCCUUGGAGCCCAGCAACGAAGAACUAAGCUCCGUCACUGCGAGAUUAUCGGGGACGCAAACGAGUCGUAUGGAAAAAAGUCAAAUGUUGAUUCAUGAGAAGGAAGAUUGUUUCGUUAUCGA